CAGGUCAAAUCGGCACCGGUUUUCUCGAGUGUUUGAUUGAACAAGCUCCGAUGUGAUUCUUGGAUCCAUGCAGUGACCAACUCGCCAGGAGCAUUGACGCAUCCAAUAUGGUACCCGAAUUGGAAAGAACCAAGUGUCACCGCAAAGAUGGCAAACGCCAAAGAACCCGUCAUCCGGCCCUAA